AUGCUGACAUUCAGUAUGGGUUUUUUGGACCAAGAGUUGGGAUUCGACAACCUGCACGCACUGGCUGCGCAAGGGAAACACAAGGCAGUUCGGAAGCUCCUGAGACACGGCAUGGAUCCGAAUUCUCGUCGGCUGGAAGGAGCCCUUGGAACGGACGACGAUGAGCGAGGCGAUUCGCCCAUGAUCUGCGCAGCCAGAGGUGAUAUGGGCAACAAGAACCAGAAGCGACACCUAAAGACACUGGAAGAGCUGCUACAUUUCGGAGCGAAAAUCAAUCAGACCAAUCUGCUGAACCAGACACCUCUCUACAUCGCGUGCGAGCGCAAUCUGCUGCGGGUCGCGACGUGGCUCAUUCAGCAUGGCGCUGACGUCAACAUCAAUUGCAAGACGGGUGUAUCGCCCCUCAUGUGUGCAUACCAGAACCAGAACGAGACGCUUGCCACUUUGCUACUCUACAAAGGAGCUGUCGUCAUUCGUCUACCUGCCACGUUCAGCCAUAUCAAGGUAUCCAAAAGACACUUUUGGUAG